AGAUACUUUCAAGGAAUUAUGACUGGACAACUCAUUGGGUAGAGCAGGCUGAGAAGGAGAGAGCAGAGAAAAGAAAGUAAGAGGUGUGUGUGUGUGUGUGUGUGUGUGUGUGAGAUGAGUAAUAGAAGUAAUAAGCCAGAGAGAACAGCUCAGACUAGAAGAACCUGGUCUGUAAUGACUGUCCUUUUGAUGUGCCGUCUGACUGUACUAGGAAGAGGUUUUACCUCAUGACGAGUUGCUGAAAGAUGUAGUAAGACUGUCUCAUGUCCCCUUUUGUGGGGGCCUCAAACAUAACAUAUGUUGGUAUUAUGCCGGGGCCCUCUGUUUCACCUUUGUCUACCUCAGUACAGUGGCAGAUGAUGGACAUGUAAAGUGCUUUAGCCUCUGCUUCACUAGUGUUGUUAGUCUGCCCUGGGGCUGUUGACGCUCAUAAAGCGCCUUGCUAUUUUCCUCAGCUGGCCAACGCAGCAUCACUCUCUCUGUUGUCUGUAUGCACUUGUAAACAAACAGCUAAUUAGUGCUCCCUACAGGCCACACUGAGCAUCUGGUCAGAGAAGAUUCAUACUAAACACACUCAUAACACACGCACAGAUUCUCAGGUUCCAGUGGAGACUGGGUGUGUUUCCAGCCAUUUACCCAUGCCUGUCCUCCUCCAUUCCCAGGCAACUGGUGAGGACAUUCCUCUGUGUCUGGCAGGCAGGCUGUCUGGCAAGUGUCUGAUGGGAUAUCAGAACAAUGAACCUGUCCAGGAGGCUUGUUCUCCUGUCUGACUCUGACCUGGCUGUUCUUUGAUGCCAAUCUCAGGGCAGAAGAAGCCUGAGGAAAUGCUCAAGAUCCUAACACCAACAUUACCAGAGAUUCACCUCUGCAAGAAUCUUGCUAUUCUCCUCAUUAAUUGGCCCCCAUCUCCAGUGUGGUCUACCAUAAGAAGUCGCUACUUAUGGUAGAGAAGAGCCACAGGCAACCGAGGCACAGUCAGGCUCAUAUCUAGGCCAGUGUUUGGGCUUUAUUGGUUCGUCUCCUCUCUCUGCUGUAGUUUAAUAAUUGAUCAAAGUACCGAGCACCGGAGACCCUGACUGCUCAAAGUGCUGCCUUAGUCACAAUGGGUGUAUAUAGUGUAGUUAACUUUAGGAAGUUGGUUUAGUGGUUUGUACUUGUUUUGUGGUAAUGCACAACUGCGUGUGUCUGAUCAAACGUCUUCAUACAGUAUGUAUAAAUGAAUCAUAGCUUUAAUUGGAUUUAAAACUUGAAAGUUGUUUUAGUGUGCCUUUGUUUUGGCGAUGUCAGAAUGUGUCUGUCUGUGUGCCAUACCAGCGGUGUGUCUCUGUCUGUCUGUGUGCCAUGCCAGCGGUGUGUCCCUGUGUGCCAUGCAGGCGGUGUGUCUCUGUCUGUCUGUGUGCCAUGCCAGCGGUGUGUCUCUGUCUGUCUGUGUGCCAUGCCAGCGGUGUGUCUCUGUCUGUCUGUGUGCCAUGCCAGCGGUGUGUCUCUGUCUGUCUGUGUGCCAUGCCAGCGGUGUGUCUCUGUCUGUCUGUGUGCCAUGCCAGCGCGGUGUGUCUGUCUGUCUGUGUGCCAUGCCAGCGGUGUGUCUCUGUCUGUCUGUGUGCCAUGCCAGCGGUGUGUCUCUGUCUGUCUGUGUGCCAUGCCAGCGGUGUGUCUCUGUCUGUCUGUGUGCCAUGCCAGCGGUGUGUCUCUGUCUGUCUGUGUGCCAUGCCAGCGGUGUGUCUCUGUCUGUCUGUGUGCCAUGCCAGCGGUGUGUCUCUGUCUGUCUGUGUGCCAUGCCAGCGGUGUGUCUCUGUGUGCCAUGCCAGCGGUGUGUCUCUGUGUGCCAUGCCGGCGGUGUGUCUCUGUGUGCCAUGCCGGCGGUGUGUCUCUGUGUGCCAUGCAGGCGGUGUGUCUCUGUCUGUCUGUGUGCCAUGCCAGCGGUGUGUCUCUGUCUGUCUGUGUGCCAUGCCAGCGGUGUGUCUCUGUGUGCCAUGCCAGCGGUGUGUCUGUCUGUCUGUGUGCCAUGCCAGCGGUGUGUCUCUGUGUGCCAUGCCAGCGGUGUGUCUCUGUGUGCCAUGCAGGCGGUGUGUCUCUGUCUGUCUGUGUAACAUACCAGCGGUGUGUCUCUGUCUGUCUGUGUAACAUACCAGCGGUGUGUCUCUGUCUGUGUAACAUACCAGUGGUGUGUCUCUGUCUGUGUAACAUACCAGUGGUCUGUCUGUCUGUCUGUGUAACAUACCAGCGGUCUGUCUCUGUCUGUCUGUGUAACAUACCAGCGGUCUGUCUCUGUCUGUCUGUGUAACAUGCCAGCGGUGUGUGUCUGUCUGUGUAACAUACCAGCGGUCUUUCUCUGUCUGUGUAACAUGCCAGCGGUGUGUCUGUGUAACAUAACAGCGGUGUGUCUCUGUCUGUCUGUCUGUGUAACAUACCAGCGGUCUGUCUCUGUAACAUGCCAGCGGUGUGUGUCUGUUUGUGUACCAUACCAGUGGUGUCUGUCUGUCUGUGUAACAUACCAGCGGUCUGUCUCUGUCUGUCUGUGUAACAUACCAGCGGUCUGUCUCUGUCUGUCUGUGUAACAUACCAGCGGUCUGUCUCUGUCUGUCUGUGUAACAUACCAGCGGUCUGUCUCUGUCUGUCUGUGUAACAUACCAGCGGUCUGUCUCUGUCUGUCUGUGUACCAUAGCAGCAAUAUGUUUAUACAUCCAUGUAUUUGACAUCGUAGUUGUGGGUUUGUGAACCCACCUGCCUCCUCCAUAUGUUCACGACCACGGCAGGACGAAGGGUGUUAGUGGAUGUUUUCUCUGUAUCAGUCAUAUGGGAUAUCCAGCACUACUCUGAGAUGAAUCCCAGGAUUGAAUGCCUCUAUAGGGGACACACAGCUGCUGCAAGUCUACACAAUACU